GCCGUGGGCGGCCGUAUAAAUGCGGCUGCGGCGGGGCCGGCUCGCCCUGCCCCAGGCCGGGGAGCGGGCGCGGGCAGAGCCGCGCUUCAGGACGCGGACAGCGCUGCGGGGCCGCGGGCGCGGCGGGGCCGGCAGGGGGGGCCGCGCUCGCCGCCCGCCGGCUCAGGCGGGGCCAUGGCCGCGGGCGGGCGGGCGAGCGAGCCGCUGGCCGAGCUCAGCCACUACGUGGUGGCGCGGCCCAUCUACAGCGAGCCCGGCUUCCAGGAGGAGAACGAGCGGCUGCCGCCGCUGCCGCCCACGCUCCGCGAGCGGGCGCAGGCGGCCUGCAGAUGUUCAAGGAAAAGGGCCUUUCAGAUUGCCAAGUCCUUUCUGCCCAUCCUGGAGUGGCUGCCCAACUACCGGGUGAAAGAGUGGCUGAUCAGCGACAUCAUCUCGGGGCUCAGCACCGGCCUCGUUGCCACCCUGCAAGGUUUGGCAUAUGCUUUGCUGGUUGCAGUCCCUGUUGGAUUUGGUCUCUAUUCUGCUUUUUUCCCCAUCCUGACAUACUUUUUCCUGGGAACAUCAAGGCACAUCUCAGUUGGUCCAUUCCCAGUAGUCAGUUUGAUGGUGGGAUCUGUGGUAUUGAGCAUGGCCCCAGAUGAGAAUUUUCUCAUAGAAGGCAGUAAUGCUACAGGGACUAAUGUCACAGGGGCGCUGAUAGACACUGAAUCCAGAGAUGCACAGAGAGUGCUGAUUGCAAGUACUCUCACAUUCCUGGUUGGAAUUUUACAGGUUGUAUUUGGAGUUCUCCAGAUUGGUUUCAUUGUGAGGUACCUUGCAGAUCCAUUAGUUGGGGGAUUCACAACUGCAGCUGCUUUUCAAGUGCUUGUGUCACAACUGAAAAUAGUUCUGAAUGUUUCAACUAAAAAUUAUAAUGGUGUCCUUUCCAUAAUAUAUACUCUUGUUGAAACAUUUGAAAAAAUUGGGACCACCAACAUUGCAGAUCUUAUUGCUGGACUCCUCACCAUUUUUGUCUGCAUGGCAGUUAAAGAAAUAAAUGAUCGGUUCAAACACAAGAUACCUAUACCUAUACCAAUAGAAGUUAUUGUGACAAUAGUAGCCACUGGCAUUUCAUAUGCUGCCGACUUGGAAAAAAAAUACAAUGCAGGCAUUGUUAAGAGCAUUCCAAGAGGAUUUUUGCCUCCUGAGCCUCCAAAUGUCAGCCUGUUUUCCCAGAUGAUUGCAGCCUCCUUUUCCAUUGCUAUUGUUGCUUAUGCUAUUGCCGUGUCUGUGGGGAAGGUAUAUGCAACCAAGUAUGACUAUGCUAUUGAUGGAAACCAGGAAUUUAUUGCCUUUGGUUUCAGCAACAUUUUUUCAGGCGCCUUUUCUUGUUUUGUUGCAACUACUGCUCUUUCACGGACUGCAGUCCAAGAAAGUACUGGUGGAAAGACUCAGGUUGCUGGUAUAAUCUCAGCUGGGAUCGUUUUGAUUUCUAUUGUUGCCCUGGGGAAAUUGCUAGAGCCCUUACAAAAGUCUGUGUUGGCAGCUGUAGUCAUAGCUAACUUGAAAGGGAUGUUCAUGCAAGUGUUUGAUGUUCCUCGUCUAUGGAGACAGAAUAAAGUGGAUGCUAUGAUCUGGGUUUUUACAUGCAUAGCAUCCAUCAUUCUGGGACUUGAUUUGGGAUUACUUGCUGGCCUUUUGUUUGGAUUGCUGACAGUUGUGCUGAGAGUUCAGUUUCCUUCAUGGGGAGGCUUUGGAAACAUUCCUGGCACAGACAUCUACAAGAAGGUCAAGGACUACAAAAAUGUUAUAGAACCAGAAGGUGUGAAGAUUCUCAAGUUUUCAAGUCCAAUUUUUUAUGCUAACAUUGAUGGACUGAAAAGCAGCCUCAAAUCCACUGUGGGAUUUGAUGCAGUCAAGGUAUAUAAUAAGAGACUCAAAGCACUGAGGAAAAUACAAAAGCUAAUCAAGAAGGGAAAAUUAAAAGCUACUAAGAAUGGCAUCAUCAGUGAGCCUGGUAUUAAUAAUGAAGCUUUUGAGACUGAUGAGGAACCUGAAGACAACCAGGAUCUUCAAGUUCCUACCAAAGAAGUAGAGAUCCAGGUGGACUGGAAUUCAGAACUCCCAGUCAAAGUAAACAUCCCCAAGGUGCCCAUCCACAGUCUCAUUCUUGAUUUUGGAGCAGUAACCUUCUUGGAUAUUGUAGCUGUGAGAUCAAUAAAAACGAUAAUUAAAGAGUUUGAGAGAAUUGAUGUGAGAGUAUACUUUGCUUCAUAUCAAGACAACCUUAUAUCUCAGCUGGAACGGGGUGCCUUCUUUGAUGACACUGUCAGAAAAGACAUAUUUUUCUUGACUGUCCAUGAUGCUGUGCUCUACAUACGGAAUCAAAUGACAUACACUGACAACCAGGAUCCCAUAUUUGAGAAGAUUUCAAUCAUGCAGGAGUCUAAAGAACCCAUAGAGUUCACAGAAGCCAGCCAGCCUGAUGAGGAACUUGAUGUUCAGGAAGAGGCUAUGCGCCGACUUGCCUCCUGAAGGACUGCUGGUACCAUCCUGUCUAUGAGAGCACAGCAAUAUCCAUGCACCAGUACUACCCAUACCAGCAUUUUCUGCUAUGAAACCAAUCUUUGCACUUGAAGAAAACCCUGAUUGUUUGUCUGAAUGAUACAGAUCUCUAUAACUCUCCAAAUUUUAGCUAGCGUUAUCCCAGAAAUAUUCUGGACCUUGAUUCUGCAAGCACUUUCUGCUAUGAUAUAUAUUAAUAAAAAAGAAAAUCAGAGGACUAUUGUGAAAGAUGUACUCAGUUUUGGGACUAGUCAGGCAGAAGUUGCACUACACUUUUAUCAGUGUGUACAGGAUGAAAAGCUGCUCUGUGGUCUGCCCAGGAGAGUGGAAGAGUCCAAAAUCUUUGGAUGGCAAGCCUUUUGUUCAAUAUUUCUACAAAGCCUAGUGAAAGGGCUGGAGUUCUAGCUGGCCAAGCCUUUGAAUUCUAGAACAUUAGUGUGAGAAUAUGUGCUGACAAGCCUUGAAACGUGUAUCAUGAUCACUUUUUUCAAGCAGUUGCUUAAAUUGCUGCAGGUGGUUAGAUCACUGAAAGAGAUGACAGGUGAAACUGUCACAUGAACAGGAAACAGCCUGAACUACAGUAAUACUUCAACUAGGAGAAGUUUCUAAAGCCCCUUGGACAUGGGUUCAUUGGUUCUGUAUUAAUCCCAUUGCAGCAAGUCUUGCACUCCUGUUAAUGAUUGUCCCUUAAAUGAAGGACAGACAGAAGAUUAUUUUGGCUAGGUUACAAAAUCUUCAUCAAGAGGCAGAUCAUGACAUAAACUAAGGAAAACCUUAGUCCCUGGGUACUUAAUGAAAUCUGUGAAACAGGCUGAUACUGAGUGUAAGCAAGAAAGCCAGAAUGUGACCUAGUAUUGACAUUUGGGGUUUUUUUAAUGGAAUAAGGUGUAUUUUUUGUUUAAUGAAUAGUUAUAUUUUUAUAGAGAUUUUUUCUUUUAAUAGUCUACAUCAAACUGCUGCUGUUCUUUUACAUAUGGAAGUUCAUAAUGCACAAGUGCAAUAAUUUACAAAAGAUAAUGAUUUGAGCAGCAAAAUUUUAAUCCUUAACUAAUAUUCUUAGUUUUCAUGAAGAAGAAAUGUAUUUUGAUGGAAAACAGACUGCUACCAUAAUUUUUUAGCAUUACAUUAUUUUUUAAAUGGGAAAAAACCCUGCAUUGUAAGGAAACAGAUAAAAACUGAAGUGUAAGAAAUGUCCAGGUAUAAAAUGCCUUUAAGUUUAAGAAUGUGGAAAAUUAUCUUCAGUAUAUUUAAUUCUCCUUACUUGAUUACAUCAGAGAAAUUUUCUCACAUUACACUACACAGAAAUUUCUGCUGCAGGUAACAGUGGAAAAGCUAAGCACUAAAUAAAUUAAUCUGGCUUCAGGACCCAAGUGAAUUCUGUUAACGUCAGUGAAAAAAAAAUCCUAUAAAUUUUGGCCAUCUGGACAGUGUCUUACACAACAGGUAACAGCACCAAACUAAAAUCUGUAUUCUCCCAUUAAGGCACACACUUCAGCCUUCUCGACAGUGAAGUUUCUCAGUACAGACACUUGAACUUAGGUGAUGUUGGUGCUCCAGUCCCAGCCAGCAAACAGCAGGAUUGUAUUCACAAUGGACAUGGGCCUUUUGUCCACGGGGUUGGCAUCUCCCCCGUCUGAGAAUGGGACAAGUGUUCAAGAGGCAAAUCAGAACUCUCUGCACCUCUUCAGAUGGAACCAUUAAUUUCUAUUGGCACCAGUGCUUCAGCCCAGCCUGUGAUUUGACAAUUCUCUUAACUCUACCUGUCCUCCUCCUGUCCCCUUGCCACCCUCUCACAGGAGGCUGGCACUUCAGCCCCCCUUACUGGCCUGAAGUGCCCAUCAGGCCAUGGCCCCAACUCCAAUUAACCUGACUGCUGGAACAGUUGCCAGUGCACAAGGCCAGUGACAUGGUUUUUAGGAGCUGUAAUGCUUUUCUGAAACAGAUGUACAUUUUAAGUAAAAAGUAAAAUAAUCUACCUGUAAGUGAGCUUUCAGCUCAUUGUUACGCAGGACACAGUCUACAGAAAAGAUGUUACAAAAUGGUAGUGGUGAUUUUUUUUUUCCCAAGGCAACAUCUGCACUGUGAAGUUUGAGUAGAGAUUCUUACUUGGCAGAGAUGCCACUGCAUUAUUUUUUGAACUUUCUCUAGUUCUUGUCUGUACAGGUAUUUAAAAAGCAAUGAAAUACUCAACAGUCUUCCUGUGAUUUCCAGUUCUUUUCCAAAUAGGACAUCUGAUCUGGGAUUAAUUGUGAUAAAAUAUGAUAAAAUGCACUUAUUCUUGGCCUGUGUAUUUCUUCCAGGCAUAGUUAUUCCUAAUUUAACAGGCACAAAAUAUUAAACUUUUUCUGAAAAACAGCAUUUCUCUCAAAGCCUACAGUGGCAUAGAAGAGUAAGAGGUAGUAUGCAGAAUGCAUUCAAAUGCCUUUCCCAGUGGUUAUAUGCCUAAUUUUAUAUGUAUCCAUCAAAAUUAAGGAUACCAAAAUAAUGGAUUUUGCAAUGAGCUAAAAUUCUCUACAGUUUUGUACUAAUUAAAAUAUCUUUAAGUAGUGUAACUAGAUGUGCUUAUCUUUUUCCAGUAGGAUGAAGAAGAGGUAUUUUUGUAUGCAUUUUGAGUAUUACUGUUCCGUCUUUGCAUGUCAGAUAUCAAAUUUGGAGAUGUACUUUAAGUUUUUUUUACACUUUUAAAAAGCUGCAUUUGAAAAGUAAUUGUACCCAUUAACUAGAAAAUAAAAGUUGUGCAUACUGAAA